AUAUGGGCAUAUUGUUCAUUGCGCUUAUGACCAUUAUAAAUCUAGAUCCAAAUUGGUUUAUUUCUGUGUGCAGUUUUCGUUUCAUGAAGAUGAUUUUCCUUUUGCUGGUAUCUGUCCUCACCUUGGUGAGAGCGAUACCUCGAAGUGAUUGUGGGAAUUAUACAACCAAAAUUCCAUUCUCCGGAACCAGAAGUCAAAUCCCACGUGCAGGAAGUCAGAUUCUAGGUGGUGUGGACGCCAGCUUAGGACAUUGGCCAUGGAUGGCAAGUGUGCAGCGUAGGGCACCAUCCGGGGACUGGGAGCCCCAUUGCGGAGGCAGUCUUAUCCGCGAUAACUGGGUUCUCACAGCCGCUAACUGCGUACCUGAUGGAGUGACGUACCGGGUUGUCCUAGGUGCGCUGGACUUAGCUGCCCCUGACGGCCAGGAACAGGCCAUUGCAACCCAACAGAUCAUAAGACAUGAAAACUUUGACCCCGCUUCUGAAAACCGUGCUAACGAUGUGGCGCUAAUACAGCUUGCAAGAAACGCCACGAUUGUGCGAUACAGAGUAGACAACAUCUGUGUGCCACCAGCAGGUCUGAACUAUGAAGACCAGGUUUCUUGUUUCGUAACGGGAUGGGGACUCACGUCAAAUUUUACCCGCCCUACGAUCCUUCAGGAAGCACACGUGGACGUGAUAAGUCUGGCGGAAUGUGACGAAGAAAUAGACAUCACUGGGCCAGACCUUUUGGACACACAGAUAUGUACAAUGGACCAGCUCAGCGACACAAGAGGGGCUUGCUCUGGAGACGAAGGAGGGCCGCUUCAAUGUAGAAUAGACGGGCAGUGGGAUGUGGUUGGGAUCGCCUCUUGGCACGGGGCUGAAGGGCCAGACUGUGACCCUUUGUCGCCGACAAUAUACACGAGAACACAGAGUUUCCGGCAGUGGAUACACGACCGCGUUGGGGAACCAGCUGCAGAUAACGGAGAUAAUGUGGAAUGAAUUGGAGACCAAAAAUAUUUUGUACAAAACUUUUGCUUUUAAUACAUAUAUCUCGUAUAGCCCGUAUACACAAUUGGUAGUGUUGGUCUGAAAUACCCAGUUUUGAUAUGUCAAUGAGUGGAAAUUGGUUUCGUUUACUAGAU